UCGCAACCACGACAUGGCACGUACAAAGCAAACCGCUCGUAAAUCCACCGGAGGAAAGGCGCCUAGGAAGCAGCUGGCCACCAAGGCUGCUAGGAAAUCUGCUCCAUCUACAGGAGGUGUGAAGAAGCCUCACAGAUAUAGGCCCGGAACAGUCGCCCUUAGGGAAAUUAGAAGGUACCAGAAAUCCACCGAGCUUCUAAUUCGCAAGCUCCCCUUCCAACGUCUGGUUAGGGAGAUUGCCCAGGAUUUCAAGACCGACCUGAGGUUCCAGAGUGCCGCUAUCGGAGCUCUCCAGGAGGCUAGUGAGGCUUACUUGGUCGGGCUUUUCGAGGAUACUAACUUGUGCGCCAUCCACGCCAAGAGGGUUACCAUCAUGCCCAAGGACAUCCAACUCGCCAGAAGAAUCCGUGGAGAAAGAGCCUAAACUAUCAAAUUUAUCAAUUCUAACAAAACAACCGGCCCUUUUCAGGGCCACCAAUAAUACCAAUAAGAGAAUACUACACCAAAUUUAUUUCUAGAUACAAUCUGGCCAACAAAUAUACAAAGGCCAGAUGUAUAUCCAGUUUAAAAUAUGUCUGUUGGUUUAAAUAGUAAACCUGUGUAAAAUG